ACUUUGGGGUGAGGGGAGAAAGUGCUAGGAGCUGGGACCCCUCCCCCAUCCCUCACUCUCAUCAGAAGAGGAGAGGAGAGGAGAGGUUGGGACCAGUCUUCACCCCCUGGAAUGUCACUGAUGAUAAAACCAUAAUGGUGGCAGCCCCAGCAUUUACAAAGAGGAGGGAUGCGGCAGGGCCAUCUUGCUGAAAGCCCGAACUAAAGGAAGCUGUGUUUGGACAACAGGCACAAUUUGGGGUGGUGGCACAGGGCCACACACCUCCGGUUACCCCUUGGAUCAACCACAGGGUCUCACUCUGUUACCCAGGCUGGAGUGCAGUGGAGUGAUUAUAGCUUACUGCAGCCUUGACCUUCUGGGCUCAAGAGAUCCUCCCACCAUCACGAGGUCAGGAGAUCGAGACCAUCUUGGCUAAGAAGCUCGACUCCGCGCUCUCCUCGCCGGCCGCCGCCGCCCAGCCUGCGCCCGCCGUCCCCCCAGUGCCUGGGCACCUGUUGGAGGCAGAGGCAGGGGUGCUGCAUGAGGGGCCGCAGGGGCGAUCGCAUGACCAUCAACAUCCAGGAGCACAUGGCCAUCAACGUGUGCCCCGGGCCCAUCCGGCCCAUCCGCCAGAUCUCUGACUACUUCCCCCGGGGACCAGGACCUGAAGGGGGCGGCGGGGGCGGCGGGGAGGCCCCCGCCCAUCUGGUCCCCCUGGCUCUGGCCCCCCCUGCAGCCCUCCUUGGGGCCACCACGCCUGAGGAUGGUGCGGAGGUGGACAGCUAUGACUCGGAUGAUGCCACCGCCCUAGGCACGCUGGAGUUUGACCUUCUCUACGACCGGGCCUCCUGCACUCUGCACUGUAGCAUCCUCAGGGCCAAGGGCCUCAAGCCCAUGGAUUUCAAUGGCCUCGCCGACCCCUACGUCAAGCUGCACUUGCUGCCUGGAGCCUGUAAGGCCAAUAAGCUAAAAACGAAGACUCAGAGGAACACACUGAAUCCCGUGUGGAAUGAGAACCUGACUUACAGCGGGAUCACAGAUGACGACAUCACGCACAAGGUGCUCAGGAUCGCCGUCUGUGAUGAGGACAAGCUGAGUCACAAUGAGUUUAUUGGGGAGAUCCGUGUGCCCCUCCGCCGCCUCAAGCCUUCGCAGAAGAAGCAUUUUAACAUCUGCCUCGAGCGCCAGGUCCCGCUGGCGUCCCCCUCUUCCAUGUCAGCGGCGCUGAGGGGCAUCUCCUGUUAUCUGAAGGAGUUGGAGCAGGUGGAGCAGGGGCAGGGGCUGCUGGAGGAGCGUGGCCGCAUCCUGCUGAGUCUCAGCUACAGCUCGCGGCGCCGGGGACUGCUGGUAGGCAUCUUGCGCUGCGCCCAUCUGGCUGCCAUGGACGUCAACGGUUACUCGGACCCCUACGUCAAGACGUACCUGAGGCCCGAUGUGGACAAGAAAUCCAAGCAUAAGACGUGCGUGAAGAAGAAGACUCUCAACCCAGAAUUUAACGAGGAGUUUUUCUACGAGAUAGAGCUCUCCACUCUGGCCACCAAGACCCUGGAAGUCACCGUCUGGGACUAUGACAUUGGCAAAUCCAAUGACUUCAUUGGUGGCGUGUCCCUGGGGCCAGGUGCCCGAGGCGAGGCUCGGAAGCACUGGAGUGACUGCCUGCAGCAGCCGGACGCAGCCCUGGAGCGCUGGCACACCCUCACCAGUGAGCUGCCCCCUGCGGCCGGGGCUCUGUCCUCAGCCUGAGUGGACAGCAGUGUCCCGGCACAGGCCCAUCGAGCCGGGUCCAGUACCCAACCUUCGCACGAGUGUGUUGCACGUUUACACAGGGUGGGCUGCCCCCACCCUGCACUACCUGUCUUAUUUUUGUGAGUCUCCGUGACCCGGGUCUGUCUGCUCAUGAGGGGCUGUGGAGUUCUAUAUUCACAUAUGCAAACCUCCUGCCUGACUCGCUAGUCCCUGCAAAUAUGCAAACCCCCCAUCAUCUGCACACCCGGGCAGUGCUCAGAGCCCGGCCCCAGGCCCCCGCGCUCCUCACUCCUGCCUCUCCACGCUGCCCCGUCCCUCUCCCCCAACAGGGAGGAGGUCGGAUUAGGGGAGGUUCAGAGGAGGAGAAUGUCUCAAAAAAAAAGGACAAAAAACAAACCCAGAGCCACUCCUUUAAUACAGAAACUUCAUUGAAAAAACAGCCCUGUACAGCUGCCCUUUUAAAGAGGUGGCCAUUGCAGGGUCUCUGCCUCCCCAGCAGGUGGCAGAUGCUCCCGGCCACUCGUUUAAAUAACUGUCCCCUGGAGGGGGCCGGGGUUUGAAGGCAGGGCCCCUGCCACCCUCCUGGGGGACACCCGUGCAUGUUUACGCCUUUUCUGGUUGUGUCAGUGGCCGGAGCAUGGCAGCUGGGCAUCAAUAAACACCUCCAAGGAA